GUGAAAAGAAGGUUGUGUUUUCUCCACAUUUCGGGGUUCUGGACGUUUCCCGGUUGCGGGGCGGGGAGAGUCUCCGGCGCACGCGGCCCCUUGGCCCCGCCCCCAGUAAUUCCCGGCCACUCGCGACCCGAGGCUGCCGCAGGGGGCGGGCUGAGCGCGUGCGCGGCGAUUGGUUUGGGGGCCAGAGUGGGCGAGGCGCGGAGGUCCGGCCUAUAAACUAGUCGCGGAGACCUGGUGCUGGUUUGCGGCGUAGUCUCCUGCAGCGUCUGGGGUUUCCGUGGCAGUCCUCGGAACCAGGACCUCGGCGUGGCCUAGCGAGUAAUGGCGACGAAGGCCGUGUGCGUGCUGAAGGGCGACGGCCCAGUGCAGGGCAUCAUCAAUUUCGAGCAGAAGGAAAGUAAUGGACCAGUGAAGGUGUGGGGAAGCAUUAAAGGACUGACUGAAGGCCUGCACGGAUUCCAUGUUCAUGAGUUUGGAGAUAAUACAGCAGGCUGUACCAGUGCAGGUCCUCACUUUAAUCCUCUAUCCAGAAAACACGGUGGGCCAAAGGAUGAAGAGAGGCAUGUUGGGGACUUGGGCAAUGUGACUGCUGACAAAGAUGGUGUGGCCGAUGUGUUUAUUGAAGAUUCUGUGAUCUCACUCUCAGGAGACCAUUGCAUCAUUGGCCGCACACUGGUGGUCCAUGAAAAAGCAGAUGACUUGGGCAAAGGUGGAAAUGAAGAAAGUACAAAGACAGGAAACGCUGGAAGUCGUUUGGCUUGUGGUGUAAUUGGGAUCGCCCAAUAAACAUUCCCUUGGAUGUAGUCUGAGGCCCCUUAACUCAUCUGUUAUCCUGCUAGCUGUAGAAAUGUAUCCUGAUAAACAUUAAACACUGUAAUCUUGAAAGUGUAA